AUGAUUAUAUCUGAAAUUUCUUCACUUUUUAAGUAUUGUGGUAGUGAAUAUAAGUUGAACAAGUGGUUGUCUAACAAGGAAUUAACUGCAGAUAUUGUGCAAUUCACAAUAAAUAAUGAAAUCAAUUUUGUGUCUCAUGCUGGUGAAAAUGAUUUUCCUCUGAGUAAAAACAACUCAAAAAUUUCAGAAAUAUUUUUAGCUGCUUUAAUUAAAGCAAAAGAUUUAAAACAUUUUGGAAAUGAUUUAUGUUUUAAGAAUUUAGUUGAUGAAUUGAAUAGCUUAGAAAGAGAUGGGAUUUCUAUAAACACAUCGUCUGGUAAAAAAAACGUGCAUUUUAUUUUGGGAUUAGUUAUUGGAGAUAACUUGGGUCUAAAUUGUAUAUGUGAUUUUAGUAAGUCAUUUUCUGCUAAUUUUUACUGUCGAUUUUGCAAAGUAAACAAAUCAUUGACCAAACAUUUGGCUGUAGAAGAUGAAUCAAUGCUUAGAGAUGUUCAUAAUUAUCAAACAGAUGUUGAAAUAAAUGACUUUAAGGUAACAGGUAUAUACAAAGAAUGUAUUUUGAAUCAAAUUGAUUCUUUCCACGUUACAACAAAUUACUAUAUUGAUGUUAUGCAUGAUCUUUUUGAAGGUGUUUGUCACUACAAUGUAUGCCACAUACUUAAAUAUUACAUUUCAGAUGUUAAAAUCAUUUCCUUGGAAACACUAAAUAAUAGGAAACAAUAUUUUAAUUAUGGUGCCAUAGAAAUAGGUAAUAACUCUCAUACCAUUGAAAAACACCAUUUAUUAAAUUUUCAUUUAAAAAUGUCGGCUAGAGAAAUGAUGUGUUUUAUUCAUUUUUUACCCUUAAUGAUAGGUGAUUUAAUACCUAAUAACGAUGAUACUUGGCUAUUUUUUUUAAACUUUCUGGAGAUUAUUGACAUAUUAAUGUCACAUAAGCUGACACAAGAUUUAAUAGCUUGCCUUAAACGACUCAUAAAAAAACAUAAUUUAGAUUAUGUUACAUUAUUUAAAGACACAUUAAAACCUAAACACCACUUCUUAACUCAUUAUCCUUCAAUAAUUCAAAAAUCUGGACCACCUAGGCAUUUUUGGUGUUUCAAAUAUGAAUCGAAACACAGAGAACUUAAAAUGUAUGCCCGUGCUAUAACAUCAAGAAAAAAUAUAACCCUAUCAUUAGCAAAAAAAUGCCAGUUAAAAUUUGCAGAUUUUUUAUUAAACGGGACAAAAGAUGAUGAUGUUAUUAAAGCUAAUAAACAUAAAAUUGACUGUAGUUACCAUGAGAUACUAGCUGGCAGAUUAGGGGAUACAUUUAAAAUAUAUGACUGUUACUCACAAUUGAAAUUUAAAGGUACAGUGUAUAGAAUUGGAUAUUAUGUAACAAAAUUUACAUAUGAACUUAGUUUUUAUGAAAUUUUAGAAAUUAUUCUAGUAAACACAACAAAUGAAAUCAUAUUAAUUCUUAAACAAAUUAGAGUUGAUUGCUAUGUUGAACAUUUGAAAUCAUAUAAGAUCGACAAAAAUAAAUCUGAAAUUCUUACUACAGCUAUGCCAAUAGAGGAUUUUAAUGGUCCACCAAUAAACAUUAAUACAGUUUUGGAUGGAUCAUUAAUGAUUCGAUUAAAAGAAUAUUUCUAA